UUCACAGGAAGUGACACAUUAAUUACGGAAGUUCAUCCUUUCUGCUUAGCAGCCGGAGCGCCAGCCAUCCACGAUGACUACAGCUGCAAGACCGACGUUUGAACCAGCCAGAGGAGGCAGGGGAAAGGGGGAAGGCGAUUUGAGUGCACUGUCCAAGCAGUAUUCAAGUCGAGAUCUUCCAGGUCACACAAAGAUCAAGUACAGGCAGCCUACCCAGGAUGCUCCUGAGGAGGUACGUACCCGUGACUUCCGCAGGGAGCUGGAGGAAAGGGAGCAUGUGGCUGCACGAGAGAAGACCAGAGAGAGGGGACCUAGAGAGCACACCACGUCAUCUUCAUCCUCUUCAUCCUCCUCCUCCAAGAGGCCCAGACUGGAUCAGAUCCCAGCAGCCAAUCUUGAUGCAGAUGAUCCUCUUACUGAAGACGAUGAGGACGACGACUCUGAGGAAGAUAGCGAUGAUGAUGACACUGCAGCUCUUCUGGCGGAGCUGGAGAAGAUUAAAAAGGAGCGGGCUGAAGAGCAAGAACGCAGAGAGCGGGAGCAAAAGGCAGAGGAGGAGAGGAUCCGCAUGGAGAAUAUUUUGAGUGGCAAUCCGUUGAUUAAUUUAGCAGGACAGCAGCAGCAGCAGCAACAACAAAUUGCUCAGAACCCGACUACAUUUAAGGUCAAAAGGAGGUGGGAUGAUGAUGUUGUGUUCAAGAACUGCGCUAAAGGCGUGGACAAAGCAAGAAAGGAGAAACGCUUCAUCAAUGACACUCUCCGCUCUGAGUUCCACAAGAAAUUUAUGGAAAAGUAUGUUAAAUGAACAACUAUAGUGUAUUCAUUUGUUUGUUUUUUUUGUUUGUUUUUUCUUUACUGUCUUAUGUAAGCCAGUUUCUGCCACCGAAAGAAAAAAAAUAUCCCAGCUGUAAGUUAUAAUUAUGAGAUAAAAAGUCGAAAUUAUGAGAUAAAAACUUCUAAUUGUUAAAAAGAGUAAAAAGUCAAAAGUAUGAGAUAAAGUCAUAGUUAUGAUUUACAAAUAUGAGAUUAAAAAUUCCUACUUAUGAGAUAGGAAAGUCAUAAUUAUUAGAUAAAAAGUCAAAGUUACGAGAUAAAAAGUCCUAAUAACUAUCUACAAAGUCGAAAGUAUGAAAUAAGUCAUAAUUAUGAGAUAAAAAGUCUGAAUUAUGAAAUACAAACCGAGUACCAUAUGAUUUAGGCUCUAGUGAAGAAGCCAGAACAUGCGUAGUUUGUAAGGUAUCUCAUCAUUUGGACUUUUUAUCUCAUAAUUAUGACGCUAUCACAUAAUUUCGACUUUAUCAAAUCAAAUCACUUUAUCUCAUAAUUAUGACUUUCUUAUCUUAUAAUUGUGACUUUUAAUCGCAUAAUUGUGACUUACUAUUGGGAUGGUUUUUUUUCUUUGUGGCGGAAAUGGGUUUCCAUCCGGAUUGUCUUCUGUCCCAAUAAAAAUAUGUCAUUAAAAUGCG